AUGGCCGAUGGGGAUGAGUUCAUUGUUACCGCUCAGCUCUUCGAGCAGAAUGAACUCUCAAUGAAGAGAUUUACAAUCAACUUGCAUGCUAGCAACGGCGCAAUUCCAUUACACCUUCGCUACGACUUCCAAGCUCCUGGUCAAAGUGAGAAGAUUAUUAUGUCUAGUCUGAGUGGAGGGAAAUGGAGCGCCGAGAAGACCAGUGCAAGUCCAUUCAACCCAGGGCAACACGUCGAAAUUCAUGUGAAAAGAAUCGGCAACAUCUAUGAGAUAACCCUCACCGACGGCGUCGUUCUGACUUUCCCGCAUCGAUUGACCGCUUCGGAAUAUCCCACCAUUUUCACAUAUCAAGGAGAUUUGAAAAUCUCGAAGAUUCAAAUAAUGUUCCACUCUGAAUUUUCAGGCCAGCAACAAAAUAUGGCCAGCUUCAACAAACUGCGAGCGGUUUCGCAAAAAUUCUUCGGCUAUCAAUCAAUUCUUCUCAACACCUACCUGCUAUUCCUGAUCCAUUCCCGAUCGCCAAAGCAACUGGGCACCUAUAAGUACAUGAUGCUCUAUAUAGCAUACUUCGAAAUGGCCUAUUCCGUUGUGGACCUCAUCACAGAGCCCUUCAUGCAUUCCUAUCGAACAACGUUCGCUGUUUUGACCGACACAAACAAUUCCAUAUUUGGGAAUGAGUUCAAUCUAAUUCUUAUCGCCUUUUAUGGCGGCUUCUAUGGAUUCUCCAUGGCGAUCUUCGCAGUUCAUUUCAUUUUUCGCUACGGUAUAACUCAAAGUUCGAUUCGCGAGAAAUUCUUCAAAGGCAGUCUCAUUGCCAUCUGGUUCCUAAUUCCAUUCGUCUUCGGUCAGGUUUGGAUGGCUGUCUGUCUCAUCUACAUCCCGAACCGUCCGCAGAUGUCAAUGUUCAUAAGGAAGACGAUUCUUGACAAUUAUGGCUUAAUGAUGGAGAAUAUUGCCUACGUUGGCGCAUAUUACUAUCAGACAAACGACGAGGGAAUCACGUACACGGACUUUGAUUCCUUUUUUGGAAUUGGCAUACUAUUCAUGGAAAUCAUAUCGUCGAUGUUCUGCGUGUUGUACUUCGGCAUCCUGUGCUACUACAAAAUCUCGAAUGAGAUGUCAGAGAUCGCGGUGAUGUCCAGGAAGAUGAAGACCUUUCAGAAGCAGCUCUUCAAUGCCUUAGUUGUUCAGACGAUCAUCCCAGUCAUCCUUAUGUACAUUCCAGUAACGGUGAUCUUUCUAUUCCCAGCCCUCGAUGUGAAUUUCACCUUGGCAGCGAAUUCCUGCGCAGUGACGAUUUCCGUUUACCCAGCUAUCGAUCCCCUACCAACUAUAUUAAUUAUUGAUGCUUAUCGGAAGGCGACGUUCGCUUCGUUGUUCUGGGCACCAACAAUUCCAAGCUAUCGGUUUCUGAUAUUGUCUGGAUGUCAGAAUGAUCAAUAG